AGGGAAGGGAAGCGCCUUUGAUGGAGAGGGCCCCCCCCAGUCCCAUCCCACCGACCCCAAAGGCUUUACAGCAGAUCCCGGCAGCGCACGAAGGUGGUGGGGAAGGAUUUGGGGGGUCGGACACUGCCCCCCACCCUCCCAGGGCUGGAGAACCUCUGGGAAUUCCCAGAUUCUGCAUCCUGGGAAUGCGGGAGGCAGGUCCUGACCACCCCGAGGUGACACCGUGCACCCCAAAGCAGCGGCAGGACCCCAAAUGUGCCCCUCUCCCAGCAGGAGAUGGCACCCCUGGAUCUCAGCUCCUUCAGGGCUGCUUUUGGGGUCCCGCAGGUGGUGCCCCAAAUGCCCCUUGCACCGGGAUUGAGCCGAGUUUUCCCUUGGGAUGUUCUGGUUGGAGUUGGGAGAGAGGACCCCAAGUCCCCCUCUUCACCUGCCCUAAACAUCUCCGCUUUCCCCCCCAAAUAUCCCGCGUUUAGGAAAAGCCACCGAGCUGUUUUGGGAUCCCAGGAGCGUUUAUCCCAUUCCCAGGGUGGGUUGGGAGCGGGUGGCUCCACUCCCGGGAUUUCGGGUAUCAGCUCCGGGGAUUUGGGAUAUCCAGCUCCUGGGGGAUUUCAGGCACCCGUUCCCGGUGGAUUUUGGGGACCCGCUCCCGGGAUUUGGGACGCCCAGGUUUUGGGGCACCCGCUCCUGGAAUUUCGGGUAUCAGCUCCUGGGGGAUUUGGGGUAUGCAGAUCCGGGGAUUUGGGGCACCCGCUCCUGGGAUUUUGGGGGUGAUUUAGGGCUCCACACCCCCCGUGUGGGACCCACCGGGUGUUUCCCCAGCUCAGCUUCCACUUCCCAGCGCGUCCCAAAUUCCCGCUGAGCCACCCCCGGGGCGCGCGAGGGGCAAAUCCUUCCCCUCACCCUUGCUUUGCUUGGAAACCGGGAAAACUUCACUUUUCCCACCCCAAACUCCCAAAAAGGCUCCACCACCCCGCUCCCACCCUCUCCUUCUCUUCGCCAUCCCAAAAAACGAAUUGAUCCCAUUUUUUCCCUUGGAAAACGAAGGGGGAGAACCAACCGUCUCCUAAUUUUAACCAGUACGUGAGGGACCAGGGGGCCAUGACGGACCAGCUGAGCCGCCGCCAGAUCCGCGAGUACCAACUCUACAGCCGGACCAGCGGCAAGCACGUCCAGGUCCGCGGAAAAAGGAUCACGGCCACCGCCGAGGACGGCAACAAAUUCGCCAAGCUGAUCGUGGAGACGGACACCUUCGGGAGCCGCGUGCGCAUCAAGGGCGCCGAGAGCGAGAAGUACAUCUGCAUGAGCAAGAGGGGGAAACUCAUCGGGAAGCCCAACGGGAAGAGCAAGGACUGCAUCUUCACCGAGAUCGUGCUGGAGAACAACUACACGGCCUUCCAGAACGCGCGCUACGAGGGCUGGUACAUGGCCUUCACCCGCCGGGGCCGGCCCCGCCGCGCCUCCCGCAGCCGCCAGAACCAGCGCGAGGCUCAUUUCAUCAAGCGCCUCUACCGGGGCCAGCUGCCCUUCCCCAACGCCGAGCGGCAGAAGCAGUUCGAGUUCGUGGGCUCCUCGUCCCCCACUCGCCGCUCCCGCCGCACCCGCGGCCCCCGCACGUAACCCCCGGCCUGGCUGGAGCCGUUCGGUUCCCUCGGAGCCCGUUCG